AUAGUCAUUCAGUUUUUGUACAAGAAGAACCUAACAAACUUUUAUAUCUUUGGUUGAUAACUACUUCCUAAUAUAAGGCUCGCUUUUUUUAGUAUGCAGGUAAUGCUUCUUGGUUUUGUGCUUCUUGGACGUUCUUUGGAAGGAAGGGCAAGGAUUACAGCAUCUAGCAACAUGAAUGAACUUUUAUCAUUGAUAUCCACUCAGUCAAGACUUGUAAUUACUUCAUCAGAAAGUGAUUCAUCUGAUGAUGCUGUACUCUGCUCUGAUGCAAUUUGCGUUGAGGUCCCAACAGACAACAUUUGUGUUGGAGACCCAUUGUUGGUUUUGCCAGGAGAAACCAUUCCUGUAUAUGGGAGAGUUCUUGCAGGAAGAAGUGUGGUUGAUGAAUCCAUGCUGACUGGAGAAUCACUUCCAGUAUUCAAGGAUGAAGGCUUCACAGUCUCAGCUGGAACAAUAAAUUGGGAUGGUCCUUUGAGGAUUGAAGCUUCUUCUACAGGAAGCAACUCUAUUAUAUCUAAGAUUGUUCAAAUGAUUGAGGAUGCUCAAGGCUGUGAGGCGCCUGCACAAAGGCUUGCAGAUGCAAUAGCUGGGCCAUUUGUGUAGAGUGUAAUGACUCUGUCAGUUGCAACUUUUGCUUUCUGUUAUGACAGCUGCUUCUUUAGUUGUAUUAACAUUUGAGGAGCUAAUGAGAUAAUUUAGGCUUUUGAUAUACCUAUGGACCUUAAAAUGCUUUUAGUUUUAGAGAAACUGAAGUUUCAAAGUGCACACAGUUGAAAUCAGGCACAUGAUGAGAUGAUGAGGAGAAUGAUAGCAAUUUACUGGACCAAAUGAUGGAAUU